AUGAAGCUCCGCCAAUUCCGUCGCGCACCCCUUUACUUUUCACUCUCGAACCCUCUCCUUCAAAGAAACUUCUGCACCUCCAAAUUCAACGACGAAAACGACACUCGUUUCGUAUCACUCAUUUCCGACAUUGUUCGAGGAAAUCAGAGCUGGAAUGUGGCAUUCAACGACCCUUCAAUUUCAUCCACAUUGAAACCCCAUCACGUCGAACGAGUCUUAAUCAACACCUUACAUGAUUCCAAGUUAGCUUUAAGGUUCUUUAACUUUCUCGGUUUACACAAAAACAUGAACCAUUCCACAACCUCAUUUGCCAUCUUGGUUCACGCCCUUGUUCAAAAUAAGCUUUUUUGGCCUGCGAAUUCACUAUUGCAAACCCUUCUCCUUCGUGGGUCUGACCCAAAAUUUGUUUUUGACAGGUUUCUAGAAUCUCACAGACAGUGUAAGUUUUCUUCCACUUUGGGUUUUGAUUUUUUGGUUCAGAGUUAUUUGCAGAACACAAGAGUUUUUGAUGCUGUGUUUGUUUUAAAACUCAUGUUAGCUAAUACUUUGUUGCCUGAGGUUAGAACAUUGAGUACACUCUUGAAUGGGUUAUUGAGAAUUAGAAAAUUUAUAUUGGUUUGGGAACUUUUUGAUGAGUCAGUGAAGGCUGGUGUUAAACCUGAUCCUUAUACUUGCUCUGCCGUAAUUCGGAGCUUGUGUGAAUUGAAAGAUUUUUUUAGAGCUAAGGAAAAGAUUCUGUGGAUGGAAUCUAAUAGGUUUGAUCUGAGUAUUGUGACUUACAAUGUCUUAAUUCAUGGUUUGUGUAAGGGUCAUCGGGUUUUGGAAGCUGUCGAGGUUAGAAAAUCAUUGAGGGAAAAGGGUUUGAAGGAAGAUGUGGUUACAUAUUGUACACUAGUGCUUGGAUUUUGUAGGGUUCAACGAUUUGAGGAUGGAAUUUGCCUCAUGAAUGAAAUGAUUGAAUUAGGGCUUGCACCAUCCGAGGCUGCUAUAUCGGGGUUAGUGGAUGGGUUAAGAAAAAAGGGAAAGAUUGAUAGUGCUUAUGAUUUGGUUGUUAAGUUAGCAAAAUUCGGUUUUUUGCCAAGUUUGUUUGUGUAUAAUUCGUUAUUAAACUCUUUGUGCAAAUGUGGAGAUUUGAAUAAAGCAGAGUUGUUUUAUAAUAAUAUGCGUCCGAUGAACUUGCCGCCGAAUGAUGUCACAUACUCUAUUCUGAUUGAUUCCUUUUGCAAAAGGGGGAGAUUAGAUGUUGCAGCGUCUUAUUUUGAUAGAAUGAUAGAAGACGGUAUAAGAGAAUCUGUAUAUCCCUACAACUCUUUGAUACACGGUCAAUGCAAGUUUGGGGAUUUGAGCGCUGCCGAGUCUUUGUAUACCGAGAUGAUCAACAAAGGGGUAGAACCAACUGCUACUACCUUUGCAACAUUAAUUAGUGGAUAUUGCAAAGAUCUACAAGUACAAAAAGCAUUUAAGCUAUAUAGUGAGAUGAAUGAGAAAAAAAUUCCUCCAACUGUUUAUACUUUCACCGCACUUAUUUAUGGUCUUUGCAGCACAAAUGAGAUGGCUGAAGCAUCCAAACUUUUUGAUGAAAUGGUGGAAAGGAAAAUCAAGCCAACUGAGGUGACAUAUAAUGUUAUGAUAGAAGGGUAUUGUAAGGCUCGUAACAUUGAUAAAGCCUUUGAAUUGCUGGAAGACAUGGUCCGUAAGGGCCUUGUUCCGGAUACUUAUACAUACAGACCUCUUAUCACCGGCCUUUGUUCUACUGGUAGGGUUUCUGAAGCUAAAGAUUUUAUCGAUGAUCUCCAUAAGAAAAAUCUCAAGUUAAAUGAGAUGUGCUAUAGCGCGCUUCUACAUGGUUAUUGCGGGGAAGGAAGACUAACGGAGGCACUGAGUGCUUCUUGUGAGAUGAUUCAACGAGGAAUCAACAUGGACCUGGUUUGCCAUGGCGUACUUAUUGAUGGUGCUCUGAAGCAACCAGACAUGAAAAUGCUAUUUAGUCUCUUAAAAAAGAUGUACAGUCAAGGAUUGAGACCCGAUAGUGUAAUAUAUACAAGUAUGAUCGACGCAUACAGCAAAGAAGGAUCUUUUAAGAAAGCCGCUGAAUGUUGGGAUUUAAUGGUUACUGAGAAAUGUGUUCCUAAUGUUGUGACUUAUUCGGCUUUCAUGAAUGGUUUAUGCAAAGCCGGUGAAACUGAUAGAGCAGGUCUUCUUUUUGAAAAAAUGCUGGCUGCAAAUAUCCAUCCUAAUUCAAUUUCAUAUGGUUGUUUUCUUGACCGUCUCACAGAGGAGGGAAAUAUGAAGGAAGCUACAGAACUUCACCGUGCAAUGCUUAAAGGGCUUUUAGCAAACACUGCAACGUACAACAUUCUUAUUCGGGGCUUCUGCAAAUUGGGUAGAUUAACCGAAGCCUCUGAAAUUCUUUCUGAAAUGACUGAAAAUGGGAUUUGCCCUGAUUGUAUAACCUAUUCAAAUUUAAUUUAUGAGUAUUGCAGAUGCGGUGAUGUCGGAGCAGCAGUUAAAUUGUGGGAUACCAUGUUGAAAAAAGGCGUUGAGCCAGAUUUGGUUGCAUUUAACUUGCUGAUAUAUGGUUGCUGUGUCAAUGGAGAGCUCAACAAGGCAUUUGAAUUGCGUGAUGACAUGUUGAGGAGAGGGUUGAAGCCAAGACAAAAUUUACAAUUGCCGAAUGGGUAA